AUGCCGUCGGACGGUACCACGUGGUCACCCCCGGCGCCCAGCGAGCGGCGGCUUAGCAACUCUUCAGAUGGAAGCGCAGGCAGUGGAUAUUCUAAGGCUACAACAGACAGCGCGGAUUUCCUCGCAACAAGACCGCACACGGCAGCGGUUAUACCGGGCAAGCCUGCGGCCAACCCGCUACAGUUCAUCAAAGUCGGGCCAGCCGACCUCGGCACGAGGGCGCGCGAGCAGUUGAGGCGAGCUGAACUAGCCAAGCGUACAGAACCUGCGAGGGUCGAAAGGCAGGAGGAUUGGCAAUCGAAUUUGGACAAUUGGAAGUCAUCGCGACGGAAGCGUGUGGAGCACAUCAUAGAACGCUGCGUGGAGGUGCGCAGGUUCGAGAACGAGCCUCGAGAGCCUCGUGCCAAGUCUAAGACCUUCAACGAAAUGCUUGAAGAACGCGCUGGACGCAGAAGGCGAAAUCCACUGGCUUUGUAUACAGAAGACGAUGGCCACGACCUGAGCGAUCUUGGAAUCGGUACCUCCAGUACCAAAAGUAGCCUCAGUGAGGAUUGCGACACGCACAGCUUGGCCAGCGACGGUAUGGACCUUGAUAAAAACCACUCUGAUAUGGAGAAUAUAUCCAAUUGCGAAAAUAAUCGCAAGCUCGGUUCCAGUGCUAACGAAUACGACACAUGCACGACAACGACUAUCAGUUCUCCAGAGCCCGAGGAGUAUACAUAUGAGGGCGCUAUAGAGGGAUAUAAAUCGAGAAUUAUUUCACAAACUAACAGUAAUAUUGUUAAAACCGUUGUCAAUAAUAACUUAAAAGAUAAAUCCCCAGAAAAGUCAAAUGGUGACUUAAACAGAAUAAGAACUUCAGUUAGCAAUAAAAUUGAAGAGAAAGUAUUCUCCUUCCAACAAGAGAGGGCGAACGAUCUGAAAAACAACAAUAAGAAAGAUUUACCCAAAGUGGACAUUCAUAAACGAAGGGAACAAUUUGAAAGAGAAAAUUCACAAGAACCACAAUUAAAUAAGCCGAAAUUGCCUGAUAUCGCAAACAAGAAAUCAAUUAAAGAGAGAUUGUCAAACUUAGAGAAAUUUAACGAAGACAUGCAACAACAAAAGUCUACGAGUGAUCUGACUAAGUUACCUGUUGAAGUAAGACCGUUGAAAGAUAGGCUGUCUUCACUUGAAAAGGUUAAAUCAACAACUACUGAAAUAGAUAAAACAAAAAGACUGUCAAAUGGAGAUCUUAGCAACGCGAGAUCACUAAAAGAACGCUUGUCAAGUUUGAAAUCACAAACAUCAGAGGAAGAAGUAAAACUUACAAAGACAGAAGUUAAAGAAGUAUCUAUGAGCCUCAAAGAACGUAUGUCUUGCCUUGAUGCAGCGAAAAAUAAGGAUAUACCAAAAAUAACUAUCGAUGAUGAAAUCAUCAACAAUCAUAAAAUAAAUGAAGUAAGUGAAGAUAGCGAAGUGAAUGAAAAAUUGUGUGACAACUCUUUAAAAAUGACUUUAUCGGGCAUCGAAAACCAAAUGCAAAGCUUUUGCCGUUCCCUCGAUAGUUUAGAUAUCAAUGGUCAAUCCUCUCCAAAUUCUUUUGAUAGAGUUCAGAGUCUUGAAGAUUUUGAUUGCGCUGAAAUGCAGAAUAAUACGGUUCAAAGUGAUAUAGAAACAGAGGACAGUGGUAUCCACACUGCUAGGGAUUCUUGUGCACCUGCAGACGACAUCGCUGAUUUGACUCAAGUAGCUUCUCCCAUUGGAGAACCUAUGGCUGAAGUUUCUGAAUACGAGUCUUCGAACGAGGAUAGUGCUAUGACUGCACCAAAAAUUGUUGAGUCCGUUCAAGUAGAUUCAGACUUAAAACAUGAAAUGAAAGAAGAAAUUCAAGAAGUUGAUGAAAUGAGCAAAGCUGACAGCGACAGCGGCAGUAAUUAUAUCCAAGCAGUUUCUCAACCUGAAGAAUUAAGCGUUACAGAUGACGUCACUGAAAUACAAAUGGACAAAGAUGACGAAGACACGUUGAAAAGUUUAGAAAAUCAAGACUCCAGUGUAAGUCUUAACGAAAACCUGUCUACAUCUGAAGGCGACACGGUCGUGUUUGAGGGGAAAAUGACUAUCCAUUUGAACUUGAAUGAAAUAUGCAACAAUCUUAGCUCUGGUGCUGGGACUAGCUCUAAUACUAACGAAUUAUUAAACAAUUCCACUAACAAGAGCAUGCCAAUGGUAAUUGACGCUUUAGAGCUUGCAUUCAAAGAAUUGGAUUCGGAAGAAAGCGUCAACGUUACAAUGGACACUACUGAUAAAUCAAACGACGAAAUAAAUGAAAAAUUCCACAAAUUACUUGAUUUCGAUAUGGACAAAGUGUCUGUGACACCGUUGUAUGAAAAUAUCGAUAUCAUGAAUCAACAUAGCAUUGUGGAUACGGCAUUCCCCCUCGAUCUCCCGACCAAUGCAAUGGAACCGCCCAAAGAAAAGCCCCCUCCACCGCCUAUGGAAGAUAACCCUGAAGAUGAACUUCUUGGAAAUGGUAACUUUAAACACAGUAGAUCAGCACGUCGCAUUAAAAAGGAAAUUCGCAAUAAACGAACUAGUUUCUUGGGAAUUGAAGGUCAAGUUGAUGAUAGUUAUUUAGACGUCGAUCUUACACUAGCGCCGCGCCCUGACAUCACUUCGUUUUUGCAAGAAGAAACGAAAAUCGAAAAGUUGUUAUACAAAAAAACCCUUUCACAUGAAAUGGAUGCGAAGCUAAGGGAUAGUAGGGAUUCAGGUGUCGAUAUAUCGGCUGAGGCGUGGUACAAAGGGUCGUCGCCAGAAACGUCUAAUUCCCAUAGCAGACAAAAUAGCGAGCCGUACACACAAAUGACAGUUACAUCGGAUGAAGAAGAAGUCACAAAACGUAAAACUGAGAAAUUCUCCAAAGACCUUGCGACAAAACUAACUGGCUUGACCGAAAACGGUGAAACACAUGAGAACAAAAUCGAUAAUUUGGAUAAAAAACUACAACAACAACAGGAGGUACUGCGUUUCGAGCGAGAGCUACUGCAGUUAGAACAAGAAGAGCUAAGGAGGCAGAGGGAGAAUUUGUUAAGAGAUAAAAAUAGAAUGAUUCAAAAAUCAGUUCAAGAUGUAUCUACAGUUGUUCCAGAAAAACCAAUAAUAUAUAGAGCUAACAAAACCAAUGGGAACUAUAGGCAUUCCAUGCCAAAUCUUUUAGUAGAAAAUUACAUGCCAGUGGUUGAAAAAACUAUCCACGAAAUGCAUAUUGAUGAAGAAUUAAAAAGGAAACCGUUCGUUUCCGAAGAACACAUCCAAAGCCAUUUCGGUGUAGAAGAAAGUCGUAAAGUGCUAUACGAUGAUAAUAAAUUGAUUGAAGUCAGAAAAGCUGUACCAAAUGUGAUGAAAAUCCCUCAGCCUAUCCUACCACCAAAGCCUAGAAGUCGGGAUUCUAUCGAAAGAGAAAUAACUAUGAGAAGUAGUCGAGUCCCAUCUGCAGUGGAAUACGUCAAUAUAGACAGGAACGCCGUACAAAUGCGCCAGAAGGCUCAAGCCAAUGGCAAUGGAAGCUAUCAUCCGAUGACAAGACACACGUUACAGGCUUUAAGUGCAGCGCCAACUCCAAAACUGAUCUCAAACACAGAUUGGAUGCAGACGAGGAACCAGACGAGACAGAAGCCAAACAUCAACUACAACCAACAUUGGGUAAUUCAGGAGGGAAGUAAUUCAUCCUCUCAAUCCACUGAAGCAGAACAAAGAAGGAUACAGGAGCUACGCGCGCGCCCGCGCCCCGCCCACGCGCAGCGCGCGCUCGCCGCGCCGCCGCUCGCGCCCGGCACGCAAGUAAUGCCACAAGAGCGUCGCCGCCCGGAGCAGGACAAGAUGCUGAGUGUGAGCGGGCGGCGCAAGUGCUCGCACUGCGGGGAGGAGCUGGGUCGCGGUGCAGCGAUGAUAAUCGAACCCCUGUCCCUGUGCUACCACGUGCGCUGCUUCGCGUGCGCGCUGUGCGGCGCGCCGCUGGGCGACGGCCGCGCCGGCGCCGACGUGCGCGUGCGCGCGCGCCGCCUGCACUGCCACCACUGCUUCGUGGCCGACGACGGCUCCAAGUACUCCUGCGUG